UUUAGUUAAUGUUAAUGUAUUCAAGUUACGUGUAUGUAAAAGGGACAUACGUACAUAGUGUGUAAAAGUUCCAUGUAUUGGCUCGUACGUGCCACCUUAAAAAAAAAAGUGAUGUUUAUUCUGCUCAGAGAGGAAAUGUUGUGUUUGGUGAGAAUCUUGAUAAAGUUGUGAGAGGAACCCACAUGUUCUUCCACUUGACAACUUGUUUGAUUGUCGUCAAGAUUAGGUUUUUCCCCGUAAAGAUUGACACAUUCUUUUAAACGCCACCCCAUUACAAGCAAAGAUGUGAAGGUGAUCUGUGUGACAUUUUUAAAAAAUGACUAAGUUGAAGUCAGCCGAGUGUGAAGGACUUCCUGCGUGAGUGAGGAGCUUUGUCCGUAACUCAACUUCAUCAGAACGCCACAGCGAGGACAUCCAUGUGGUCUUUCUAAACGUCCUUCAUUACGUCGCAUGCCCUCCAUCUUAAUCAUCAUGUUUGGACCUCAGCGUCUUCUUCUUCUUCUUCUCGUCUUCAUUGGUGGGAUGGUGGAUCACAGUGUGGUGUUCUCGCUGGGCGGGACCACCUCAGGUAGGGUUUCACCUUCACGUCUUGGUCCUCCUCCAUCCUUUAGUGGACCUUUGGGUCCUCCAAAACCAAGUCAGAGUGAUUAGUCCGCUUGAAACAGGAAGAGUCUGGAAAGAAGCUCUCCUGUGACUUUAUCUGACGACUUUGUCCUGUUAUGCUGUAUGAUGGCGUCCUGUUACGUUGUAUGACACCCUGUUACGUUGUUUGAUGCUGACGUCCUGGUAUGUUGGUUGUACGAUGACGACGUCCCCCUACCUUGUACGUGGUAUGAUGACACGCUGUUAUGUUUGUUUUAUGAUGACGAUGAUGUCCGGUUAUGUUCCAGUGAAAUGCACGGAACACAACGUCUCGGCCAAGUAUCAACACUGCCAAGUGUCGUCUCCAGGUAACGAGUCAUCGCAGUCAACGGGACACGACCCAGCAGAAAAGUCCAGCAGGUGUUUUUGUAACAGGUGGCGUCUCUGACUUGGAAUGUUUUGGCAAGCACAGUCAGUUGCCAGAAAUAAAGACGUGCACGUGGAGGGCAGGAGCGUCCUCGUCCAACUUCACGCUGGUCACCAAGCAGAGGUCAGUUGGUGUGUCUGUCACCUUUAUGGCAACAAAGUGGUGAGUCAUGCUAAAGGUCAAGUUUCAGAAGCUACUGUCGGGUCUACCCGGACAUCAGGGACACGUCCAUCGAGGUCAAAGUCUUAAAAAACUUCGAGAUGACCGCCCAGGUUCUGGAGCUGGUCGGCUCCAAAUGCAGCAAAGACGUCUUCACGGCGCACCCUAGAAGCCUGUGUGAGUCUGAACGACAAUCGUCUCUUUCAGUGACCUCCGCCAGGCACCCUGUUCACAGUUAGCACACUAGCUAGCAGCAUGACACAACAAACUACACCGCACUGCUUGCUAGCACCGACGCCACUGAUGGCCUCUUCCGUCCACCUUCUAGUGCGCUGCGGUCCGCCGCGUAACAUGACCUUCAGGCGCCACUUGGGGAGCGUGCAUGCGCAAGUGGGCUGGCCGCAGGAAGACGUCAAGGUCAUCACGUCGUUCUGCGUGCGACACAAAGCAGCCGGCGGCCGACAGUGGAAGGAGGCGUGUUGCGGGAGUGCUUCUGAGUGUCAGGUGUCCAACGUGGACAUGUCUGAGGCGCACCAGGUUCAGGUCCGAUGCCAGACAAACUACAAGUGUCCCCAGUGUCCAUGGAGUGACGUCUCCACGCUAGCAGCAGAACUGACCAGCCCGCCUGUCUGGGUCCGUGUGGCCGAAGAACAGAUGGCCAACGUGACAGGACAGAGGACGGUCUCGCUGGCGUGGACGCUUCCCGGCGCUGUCGUGCCACAGAGUUACCGUGUGAGCGUGGCCAAGGCAUCGGGGGAGACGUGGGAUCACAUGACCAGGGCGCAUCCUCACGUCACGCUGGUCCUCUCCUCGUCGUCCUUCCACGUAAACGUCAGCGCCUUCAACAACGCCAGCGAGUCGCCCGCCGCCCGCAUCACGGUGGCGCCCCGAGCCACCGGAGGAGACGGGACGCUGAACGUCAGCGUCCACAGCGAUACGUCCUUCACCAUCUUCUGGAAGGAUGACCUGGUCAGCUCGAGCGAGUGCUUCUGCGUGGAGUGGAGCUCCGAGGGACGCCCGGUGGCUUACAAGUCCUUCUAUGAGGACACCAACGCCUUCUGGACUGUGUCCAAGAUCGCGGAGCGUCUGGAGGCGUACAGAAGAUACCACGUGUGGCUGCACGUGCGCGCACAGAAGGCGCCGUGCAACCUGAAGCGCGUCAACAACAGCGAGGUCACCUACGCCAGCACUCCCUUCUACUUCCUGGAAGGAUCUCCGCUGAGCGCGCCCGCCAACGUCAGCGUGGCCAACGUGACGCAGACCUCCGUGGCGCUGCGCUGGGUGUCCAUCCCGCAGGAGGACCUCAGAGGCUUCCUGCUGGGCUACGUGAUCCACUACGCUGAGAACCAGCAGCAGGAGACAAACGUCAGCGUGCCCGCGCACGUCCACAGCUACACACUGGAGGGUCUUCAAAGCGGGACGGUGUAUGAGGUCCAGGUCUCAGGAGUCACCCGAGCCGGAGCGGGAGUCCGAAGCGCCACCAGAGUCGUCAGGACGCUUGAGCGAGGUUCUUUCAGCCUGACGGUGGUCUUCAUCGCGUCUGGUCUCACAGCCGUGGUCCUCACAGUUGCUUUCUUCCUCAUGAAAAGCAAAGCCAAAGUCGUCUUCUGGCCAAACAUCCCCAGUCCUGAGAAGAGCAUCGUCAUCCAGAAGCUAAACGUCCCCUCAGAGAUGCUUGUCCUUGAGACGAUGGACGCUCUCAAGGCAGAAGAAUUCGAGACCUUAAGGCCGCUGAUCGUGGAGUUUCGAGCCGUGGCCCCCGUCAGCGCCUCCGCCGCGCUGCCUCCUGCUGACCAGCAAAUAGCCGACCUCCGGCGUCUUCCUGCUGCCGCCUCUGGCGUGUACACAAGCAUGGACACCAUGCAACAGCUGAUGAUGGCGAUGCACGGGACGCCAGCCAACGCCAGCACACACGGUCGCGUCACGGGAAGCGUGCAGGAAGCCGUGGCGGUGAAACCGGGAAUGGACUAUGUGACCCAGUUCUUAUGCACUAUGACUGCCGCCCAUGAGAGGGCGCCAACGUGCAGUCGUCCCUCGCUACACUGCGGUUCGAACAUCGCUCCCUCAGUCUGUGACUAAAAUGUAUGAAUAAAUGUGAAUACGGCCUAUUAGGAAGAAAAAAAAGAAAAUGCUGUUUUAAGCAAACUGAACUAAUUCUUAGCAUUUUCAAGCAUAAAAAUGGCUCAAUGAACUAAAAUACAAAUCAAGGCAAAAAGCAUUUGAAUUGUGAAUGUACUCUAUUCUACAUUGGCCACUAGGUGGCAGUAACUGUUCGGUGAGACAGGCACUAGACUUGUCGCCAAGGUUUUCCAGGGAACACAUUUACUGUGACGCUGCUUGAGCGGGAGCUUUACGUCUUAAUGGCUUUGUCACUGCUCAAUACGUACCCAGAACGCAAUCGUCCCGCGCGUGCGCGAAAACGACGUCACUUCCUCCUUUAGCUAAUUUUCACGACAGCGCUUCUGCGUUUCACACAUGCGUAGAA